AGAAGAGAAGAUCUAAUCCACAAUCCAAGGCUCAUGAACUCCACCAUCUACAAGCCCGCCACUCCACCGUUAUCGUCUCAUCCAUCGUUGCUCUUCCCACAGAUUGCAGCAUGCAAAACCAUGAGAGACUUAAACCAAGUGCACGCCCUUUUUAUCAAAACCGGUCAAAUCCAUGACCCUCUUGCCGCCGCUGAAAUCCUCAAAUUCUGCGCGCUUUCCAGUCGACGUGAUACCGAAUACGCGCGCUCGGUUUUCCUCCAAAUGCGAGAACCCAAUUGUUUUUCUUGGAAUACCAUCAUCAGAGCGCUCGCCGAGAGCGAUGUUGAUGAUGACCAACCGAUGGAAGAGGCCCUCCUGCUGUUUUGUCAAAUGGUUUCUAAUGGUUUUGUGGAACCCAAUCGGUUUACUUUUCCUUCGGUGCUGAAGGCUUGUGCUAAAAUUGGGAAUGUUGAAAUGGGCAAGCAGGUUCAUGGGAUGGUUCUCAAGUUUGGAUUGGAAAGAGACGAGUUUGUUGUUAGCAAUCUUGUUCGGAUGUAUGUAAUGUGUGGGGUUACGAAGGAUGCCCAUUUUCUGUUCUCUAGGAAUGUCAUUGAUAGCGGUAAUAUGCAUAAGGUGAUCAGGGAUAGCAGGAGGCAAGAGGGUAAUGUGGUUUUGUGUAAUGUCAUGGUCGAUGGGUAUGUGAGACUUGGGGAUUUCAAAGCAGCUAGGGAAUUGUUUGAUAGAAUGCCUCAAAGAAGUGUAGUAUCUUGGAAUGUAAUGAUAUCUGGGUAUGCUCAAAAUGGGCUUUUCAAGGAGGCAAUAGAGAUGUUCCGUGAUAUGCAACUGGGAGAAGUACGUCCCAAUUAUGUGACUCUGGUUAGUGUUCUGCCUGCGAUUUCACGUCUCGGGGCACUUGAAUUGGGAAAAUGGGUACAUCUAUAUGCGGAGAAGAACAAGUUUGAGAUCAAUGAUGUGCUUGGUUCUGCAUUGGUUGAUAUGUAUUCCAAGUGUGGGAGCAUUGAGAAAGCACUUCAAGUAUUUGAAACACUCCCUAAAGAGAACCCAAUUACCUGGAAUGCCAUAAUUAGUGGACUUGCCAUGCAUGGUCGGGCAAAGGAUGCACUUCACUAUUUUUCGAGGAUGGAACAAGCUGGUGUAGUGCCAAGUGACGUUGCAUAUAUUGCAGUCUUGAGUGCUUGUAGCCAUGCCGGCUUGGUUGAGGAAGGCCGAACAUUUUUCAGCCAUAUGGUCACCGUAGCUGGCUUUGAACCUAGAAUCGAACACUAUGGAUGUAUGGUAGAUCUACUAGGGCGUGCUGGACAUUUAAAAGAGGCUGAAGAGCUUAUACUAAACAUGCCAAUCAGGCAGGACGAGGUGAUUUGGAAGGCAUUGCUUGGUGCCUGCAAAAUGCAUGGAAACAUUGAAAUGGGUAAACGAGUAGCAAAAGUUUUAAUGGGCAUGGCUCCUCAUGAUAGUGGAUCUUAUGUUGCUCUCUCAAAUUUGUAUGCAUCUUCAGGAGAUUGGAAGGGGGUUUCGGAAAUGAGAUUGAUGAUGGAGGAUAUGGAUAUUAGGAAAGACCCUGGUUGUAGUUGGAUUGAGCUUGAUGGGGUAAUUCAUGAGUUUCUCGUUGAAGAUGAAUCCCAUCCUAGAGCUAAAGAGAUCCAUUUAAUGUUGGAGGAAAUUUCCAACCAGUUAAGGACAGCAGGCUAUAAGCCAGACACCACACAAGUGUUGCUCAACAUGGAUGAAGAAGAAAAAGAAACUAGCUUGCACUAUCACAGUGAAAAGAUUGCAAUUGCCUUUGGCUUAAUUGCUACAAGCCCGCAGACACCACUUCGGAUUGUAAAGAACCUACGCAUUUGUGAAGAUUGUCACUCUUCUAUUAAGGUAAUCUCAAAAAUUUAUAAACGUAAAAUCAUUGUGCGGGACCGAAAGCGGUUCCACCAUUUUGAGCAUGGAACAUGUUCUUGUAUGGAUUACUGGUAAAUUCUCAUUGAUGAAAUUGCAAUUGGCACAAUGGCACUUGCUAGGUGUAAGUGGUGGAUAUAUAUUACUCAACUAUAUAUCAUUGGA